AUGGCGAUCCACGGCUCCGGAAAGGAGUACGGCGAGCUUAAACCGGUCAAAUGCACGUACAAGGACUGCCAACAGCGAUUCGACAAUGAAAAAGACAUGAAGCGGCACAAGAAACACGACCCAAACCACAACUACUGCCGGAGAUGUGACCUCGACUUCAACAGCUGGGAAGAGCUGACUCAGCAUAAAGUUACUGUCAUGGACCGGUGGCAAAGAGCUCCCCGUGACGAACGUGAAGAUGGUCCUGCGCAUGUCACAUGCGAGUUCUGCGGUCUGGACUUCCACACCUUCGGUGGGCGGAAGACGCAUCGUGCGCAGACGCACAAGGCUGCUCAGAGCCUCAAAUGUCCCGGCUGUGAGGCUCUUUUCACUAAAGCAGGCAACAUGAUCGCUCAUCUCGAAGAAGGCCACUGCAAGACAAUCACAGCGUAUGAGUUCAGAGCCAGCAUCGUGCGCAAGCGUAUCACCCCCGAAAUAAUGAACAACGCGGAUGAAGUUCGCCGCAGGAUGGGUCUAACCGUGGCUCAUGGCAACGACGACCAAGCGCCGAGCUUUGUUGGGAACAUUACGGACGGCAGUGAAGCCCUUGACGAGGAAGAAGGUGGCGUUCCAAUGGAGCCAUUACUCGACCAGAAUGACCCGGAGCAGCAGCGAGGUUUUCCAGCAAUGCAGCCUGAGGUAGAUCUCUUGAGUAGAGACGCUCCGCUGACUAUGGGCGACCCAUUGAGCCGCGCGAAACGGGAGAAGUGGCCUCGCUUACCGGGCAUAUCGACCCCUAUGGACCCCGCCAUGUUAAUGCGCAAGCUGUCCGUUGCAUCGACGGCUGCAUCUGCAAUUGGCUCUGCGACAACCGACGUUCCAAGCGACAUCACAAGCCGACAGGAGGCUGCGCUGAUGAACACUAGCAAUAGUACAAAUCUGCUACACACUCACUUCUACGACCCGUCAUCGCCCGACUGCGACGUGGAACGCUUCUUUCAUCCACUCACGCAGACAUACGUUUGUCCGUUUCCGGGCUGCGACGAUCUCAACGGCAACGAAGUCAGAUACGAGACACCAUCCGAGAUCAAGGCCCACGUCUACAGAGCUCACUUGGAAGUACGCCACGCGUGUCCGACGUGUAAGCGACGCUACGACACCGCGACUGCGUUUGUUCGUCACAUAGAGGAUACAAAUAAGUGCAGGGUCAAGGACAGCAAGGACUUCUACAGGCUGCUCGAUACGAUGACGGGCGGCUUCAUCAAGGCCAAGCUGCUUGAUGAACCCUUCUUGUACAGCACAUCGAGUGCGGUGAUCAAAGCGGAUGCGGUGCCACUAGAUGGGGCAAUGAAGGUGAAGUUUACGGCGAAGCUGCCGGAUGAGGUUUAG